GACCUUGCUGUGCUGGGUAGACGGGUUAAAAAAAAGGAAAAAGCGUUGGCUACGUGUUAGCAACUGAGCUUUGAAGAUCGAUCUAGUAAGAAGAUAUUGGAUAAACGUACAACGCCACCACGGAUUUUUUAUGGGACAAGCGUACAGGCCUCGCUGCUAAAACGAUGCCUCACACCAGACGAUACUCGUCUUCGGAAAGAGACAGCCGUAGCAGCUACCAUGACCGUUACAGAGACAGGGGGCGAAGACAUCGACACAGAAGAUCACCUACUAACUCUUCUAGUAGUGAGAGAGACCGUGACAGAAGAGGAUGGGGGCACAGACAGGAAGGAAGCUAUGCACGCUCACGGAGUCGCAGCUUUGACAAUCGCUCUACGGAACAUCGACCAUUUGAUCGAAGAUACUGCGAGGGAUACAGGCGGUUGGAUCAGAGCCGAGAUCGAGACCGGGACAGGGAACCACAUGGAGCAGCUGAAAGCUAUUAUCCACGAGACUUCUCCCCAAACAUGUAUGACUACCGACGUGGCCGUGAGAGAGAACGAGAACGGGACGAAUCUUACCGGCGGAAAGGCAGCAGGCGUAAGCACAAACGAAGGCGGCGUAGAACCAGGUCCUAUAGCCCAUCCACCUCGCGGAGCGACAGCCGGACGCGGGCACUGAGUGUGAGGGACGACGAGGAAGGGCACCUGAUCUGUCGGAGUGGGGACGUCCUGCAAGAGAGAUAUGAGAUUGUCAGCACUUUGGGUGAAGGAACCUUUGGGAGGGUGAUGCAGUGUAUUGACCAUCGCAGAGGUGGAGCCCGUGUUGCUUUGAAAAUUAUCAAGAAUGUGGAGAAAUACAAGGAAGCAGCUCGACUGGAGAUUAAUGUAUUGGAGAAGAUAAAUGAAAAGGACCCUGAUAAUAAAUUUUUGUGUGUACAGAUGUAUGACUGGUUUGACUACCACGGUCAUAUGUGUAUCUCCUUUGAGCUGCUCGCUUUGAGCACCUUCGACUUCCUGAAGGAAAACAACUACCUGCCCUACUCCAUUGGUCAGGUCAGGCACAUGGCCUACCAAAUCUGCCUUGCUGUGAAGUUUCUUCAUGACAAUAAGCUGACACACACAGACCUAAAACCAGAAAACAUUCUUUUUGUCAACUCGGAUUUCACAAUGUCAUACAAUGUAGAGAAGAAACGGGAAGAACGGACCGUUAAGAGCACAGCAGUGCGAGUGGUGGACUUUGGCAGUGCCACUUUUGACCAUGAACACCACAGCACCAUUGUAUCCACACGGCAUUAUCGUGCCCCUGAAGUGAUACUAGAGCUUGGCUGGAGUCACCCCUGUGAUGUGUGGAGUAUUGGCUGUAUACUGUUUGAGUACUACUUAGGCUUCACCCUGUUCCAGACCCAUGACAACAGGGAGCAUUUGGCCAUGAUGGAAAGAAUCCUGGGACCAGUGCCCUCUAGGAUGAUUCGUAAGACUAGGAAACAGAAGUAUUUUUAUCGUGGCCGUCUGGAUUGGGAUGAGAGUUCCUCUGCAGGAAAAUAUGUCAGAGAAAACUGCAAGCCCUUACGGCGUUAUUUGCUGUCAGAGGCAGAAGAGCACCACCAGCUAUUUGACCUUAUUGAAAGCAUGUUGGAGUAUGAGCCUUCUAAAAGGUUGGUGCUGGCUGAUUCUCUAAAGCAUCCUUUCUUCGAGAGUGGAGGCACUGGUGAAGCAGCAGGCAGCAAAAGCUGGGAGGGUAACCGGGACAUUAGCCGGUGACCCGCAAUCCAGCAAAGACUGAAUGAUGGAGAAGAUCAACUCCUUUUCAUGUGGAGCAGCUCAACUGUUGAAUAACUAGGACUUCAAAGGUUUUCUAUUAUUUGUCUUUAAAGCAUGGACAUUGACUUCCUGCUCCUCCACCCUCUGACACCGACCUCUGCAGCCACAAGAGACAUGCUUUUUCAACAGAGAGACCAAAAUAACCCACAAAAGAUGGGAGAAGAGUCAUGAUUUUUUUUUCCCGCCAAAAUGGUCACAGCUUAAUUACAAGCUGAAAAGUCUUAGAUGGAAAAUUGUUUAUACCUAGAGUAGCCCUCUAUGCAGCUCGUCUUCCUUUUGACUUCUCUACACUUUUCCUCCUUUCCGUCCGACUGCCCAUUAUUUUCAUCAGCAUGUGAUGAAAAUAAUGCCUCUCUUUAAAGAAACGUACACAAUUAUCAGAAUUAUCAGAAAGCAGUUUGGGAGAAGAAAUGUCUUCCAAUGCUGAAGUAAAGCGCAAAGGAAGACAGAGCAUUAUAUGCACCGCAAGUUUUCACCCACUUUUAAUUACAGAGAAAUCAGAGACAUUCUCUAAUAAAGUUGUCAUUAAAGUUGAAUAUCUCAUUUCAUUCUGACAAAAACUUUUAAAUUUUUGCUAAUGUGAUGUGAGGACUUGCGUUGCAUAUAUUUGUCUCAUGUAUAAAAGAAAUUUCUCCUUCGUAAAGACUCUGACUUGAUUUUGUGGUCGGUGGGUCACUCUUAUUGCCAGUGAGAUGAUGUGAUGGCCUCUCUGUAGCCUGACUUAUUGAUGAAUACGUUCGUUAUGUUAUGCAAUGUUUUCUAAAUGUGAGUGUGUGUUUGUGUGUGCGCACGUAGGGUUGCGAAUGGAUUGGGUGACUUUCAUGUUUCGUUCAUUAGUUCAGUUGAACAUUAGUUAUGGGAUCGAUCUCAUACUUCAUUUUUUUUUUUUUUACCCAAACUGCCUUUUCCAUGUUUGACAUCAGACCUGAAAUCUCCAUUUUGAGAGUAAGCACACAGCUCCUUUUGAUGAUAUUUAUUUUAAAUUCCAGUAGGUCAUAGUCUCCACUCCCCACCUGUACAACUGUUUUUUUUUUUUUUUGUAUGUAAUUAAAGCGUAUAAAAAUGUAUAUAUGUAUUAUUGUGUAGAAUAAAAGUCAUCUUACCAAAGGCUAAAGGGUGCUCUCAGUAGCAUUUUGGGCCUUUGGUAGUUAAAUGUAAA